AUGAUGAACACUGAGCUGCAGAAGGCCGUCACUUGCUUGGCUGGAUUUGUUCACUUUUACCAGGAGGGUUUUUCCGAGGCCAGAGAACUAUUCAUUACAGGUGAGUUGGACCCCAGAGAACUCAUCCUCCUCUACCCGGACAUGAGGUCGUGUCUCGGCAAUGACUUUGAGUCCCAGUUUGAUCAGGGGAAGAAGAAGGGCAGGGCUCUCCAGGUGCUCUGGUGUGAGGACACAAACAUCUUUCAUCACUACCUGUCCUUCCUGGGAGAUUUUCUCAGAGCUGUCAGGGGGACAGAGCAAGACUCGGCCUGCAGUGCGGAGGUGGACUGCGCCCUCCUGAGGCUGUACGUAGGACUGGGAGACACUGAGAAGCUGCAGCAGCUCGUUAUUUCUCCCAAUGAGUGCAGGCUGGAUCACUGUGUUCCUGCUCUGGAGCAAAACAACAGGUUUUUUGUGUUAGGUUCCCUCUAUCAAAGCCACGGGAGGUCAAUUGAUGCAAUAAAGACUUGGGUAAAUAUUGCAGACGGCUCCCACAGAGACGACUCUUGCUCAGAUGUGUAUGGACACAUAGUGUGGACGCUCAGUCAGCUGGAGGACAAAGAUAUUGUGAGGAAUUUUGCAGAAUGGACUCUGCAAAAAAACCAAGAGAUAGGUGUGCAGAUUUUCACCAAGCGCCAGCCAGAUGAUCGACUGGAGACACAAGAGGUCUUCAUUCUCCUGGAGAAAUAUCCGCUGGCAUUGGUUUUGUAUCUUGAGUUCUUGAUCCAUGAUUUGAGCAGUGAGGAGGAAAGACAUCACAGCCGUCUGGCCUUGGCAUAUGUUACUCAGACGCUGCAAGAGGAAGAAGAAGCAGAUUUGAGGUCGACCAGGGGGAAGUUGCAACAUCUGUUAUGGGAAUCCAAAUUCUAUGACGUCUCCAAUGUAUAUGAGAGAGUCAAGUCAACGACCCUGCACAUAGAGACAGCCAUUCUCCUCGGCAGGAGCGGGGAACACUCCCAGGCCCUGCAGGUGCUUGUUCACCGCAAGCGAGACCCCCAGGCUGCAGAGGCCUACUGCUGCAGGGCUGCCCAGGGCCACAACGCUCACUUCAGACAGGCCCUGCUGCUCACCCUGCUCCAAAUCUACCUGAGCUCCGAGGAUCCCACCAGCACCUCGGUGGAUCUGCUGAACAAUAACUCUCAGGCCUUUGCAGCGGAGAAGGUCGUCCAGCUCCUGCCCGACUCCUGGUCUGUUCAGCUCGUCUCCCGGUUCUUGGUCGGUUCCGUCAGGGCAACGCUCCACCAGAGUCGCAUAGUGAAGCUGCAAAAGGCGCUGGCCCGGGCGGAGCUCAUGCGGCACAAGGUCACUUGGAUGCAGGCCUCAAAAACAAUCUUCAGACUGGACAAGGAGCAGAAGUGUAAGGUUUGUCAGCGAGUCCUUGCCGAGCCACAGUUCGCCUGUAACCUGCACGGCGAGCUGAUGCACGUUGGCUGCACUGGCUUUUUUUAGCAUCGCAAAGACACCGAUCGCCCAGUCUGUUGCCUGUUCAUGCACAUUAUGUGUUCCAUUGCACUCCUGAGAAUCACAUUCAUUUCAAGCUGGUUAAGUGUCUGCUUCUUACCCGAUGAUUUUUCUAGAUUAGACCGUGUCAUCUAAGCAAACUCCCGUCAACGGUUCAAUUCAUGGAACUGGGACCAGACAGGUUCCCUAAUUAGAAAAAAGAAAAUACAUAGUGUAAAUAACUGGUUUCAAAAAUGUGAAAGAGCAUGCAUUGCACUUUUUCAGGGCGGCAUGUCUGAGCUUUUUCCAAGAGACACUGUAGACAGCAAUAGCUAUAAAUUGGAUUGUGGAGGACACUCGGGGACAUACUGUAUAUUCACUGAUCGGACUGUGGUGUUUUACAUGGAAACCACCCGUGGUUGCCCCGAUGACCAGAGGGAAUUUGACCAUCCUCCAGUGCUGUAUAUACGCAUCCCCACCAUCAUGGUUUCCACUGACUGUGUAUAUUUGUCUGCGUGGAGCAGGAAAUAGAAAGUCAACAUGCUGCACGUGAGAUUUUUUUCCAUUCAGCCUGUGCAUUAAUAUACAUUUAAGAGCAAGAAAAGUAAAAAGGUCAGAGUACAGAGAUUUUAAUCAUUUCUAUACUGUGGACUUAGUUCACAUGCAGCCAAAUGACAUGUGUACUUUGAAUGAAAUAUGAAAUCUGAGGCAGUUUUUAUUUUUCACCAACAUCGUCCCUGUAUCAUUAUCACAGACGUCUAUUCCCAAUAAUCAAGCACAAACUCCACUGUCCACAUAUACCAACUGCAAAUAAAACUUAAACACAAGUCGUUAGUUGGAUGACAGUUGGAGUCGAGAUAUAUUUGUUUGCGUCUGUCAGAAUGUAGAGACUCGGAGCUAACCCCAACUGUUUCUUUAUACUGAUGCAUUUUGGGGCAAGAGCUGCGGAGACGCCUGAGGGGACUGGAGCAGCGACUUGGCUUGACUGCUCAUAAGUUUUCGGCCUGGGGUGAGAAACUAAUUGCACUGUAGAUAAAUAGUAAAUUAUGAGUCUGUUGGAUGGGAUUAUCUCUUUGUGAUGCUGCUGCCAAGCUUUCUUGCUAAUGAGGUUUUUGUUUCCCACUGAGGGCAGAGGACAAUCAGGAGCUGUGUUCACAUGUCUCGGUGCGGUGAAGCCUUUCAAGGGCAUCACUAGGAUUAAAUCUCAUUAUAUUUCUCACUGUAUCAAUUUAACCUGAGUCGUAUAAAUAAAUAGAACCAUAUGCGAGAAAACCUCAAGAAGAAGUUGCUCUUCUUUUAUGUGGUUGCAGGAGAAUUGCACACUCCUCCAUACCGCCUCCUUGUAAUUUUGAUAAUCUGCUUCUCAUUCAAUCUCUUGUGGAAUAAACCAGUGUGAAGAAAAGCACGAGGCAUCAACUCCUCUCUUGCUUGUACGAAGAGAGCCUCUCACAGUUUAUAUGGCUCCACUGUGAGGCCUGCUGCUUGGCGACAGCCUGAGCCCCGGGCCGGUUCCUGGUGACCGGGGGCCACUGGGUGGACCUUGGGGCCUGAGAUCAUGUCCACUUCUCUCCUCUCUGGGACGUCCUCAGGGAACAUUAA